AACCCGACGGGUGUCAGGAAGCAUCGCUGCUCAUUUCAUAUUUUGUUGCGACAAAGACGAGAGAAGCGCUCGAUUUUUGAGAGUAAAAGAUUAAAAAGGAGAAACUAAAAUGUUGUUUUAUUAUUUUUGCUUUUGUUCCCGGCGCCACUAGAGGACUUUUGUUAUGAUUUGGCGCUGAUGUCGGUCUGAUGUUUACUGUUAGGUUUCUCUGACUUCCUCUGGUGCCUCCAGCCCCCAACUGCCUAAAUUUUAGGCAGAAAAAAAGGAAAUUUUCUUUCUCUUUUUUCUCUUUUUUUGUACUGGGUCGUGGCCGGCGACACGCCAAAAUUGACUCUGGAGCAGGACACGGAGGAUAGUAUGGCCAUGACGGGAGGGACGGCAGCUGCCCUUCCCAUGAGCAACCACACCCGGGAGAGGGUGACCGUGGCCAAGCUGACGCUGGAAAACUUCUACAGCACUCUGCUCACGCAGCACGAAGAGCGCGAGAUGAGGCAAAAGAAGCUAGAGAAGGCAAUGGAAGAGGAGGGUCUACCAGACGAGGAGAAAGUAAUGCGGCGCUCGCAGCAUGCCCGUAAGGAGACAGAGUUUCUAAGACUGAAGAGGACGAGACUUGGCCUGGACGACUUUGAGUCACUGAAGGUCAUCGGACGAGGGGCGUUUGGAGAGGUUCGGUUGGUACAGAAAAAAGACACGGGCCACAUUUACGCCAUGAAGAUUUUGAGGAAAGCGGACAUGCUGGAGAAAGAGCAGGUGGCUCACAUCCGGGCGGAGAGGGACAUCCUGGUGGAGGCAGACAGCGCCUGGGUUGUUAAGAUGUUCUACAGCUUCCAGGACAAGAGGAACCUCUACCUCAUCAUGGAGUUCCUGCCUGGAGGUGACAUGAUGACGUUGCUAAUGAAAAAGGACACCCUGUCUGAGGAGGCCACGCAGUUUUACAUCGCAGAGACCGUCCUGGCCAUCGACUCCAUCCACCAGCUGGGCUUCAUCCACAGAGACAUCAAACCAGACAAUCUGCUGCUGGACUCCAGGGGCCACGUCAAGCUGUCGGACUUUGGUCUGUGUACGGGACUCAAGAAGGCGCAUCGCACAGAGUUCUACCGGAACCUGACGCACAACCCCCCCAGCGACUUCUCUUUUCAAAACAUGAACUCCAAGAGGAAAGCAGAGACUUGGAAGAAGAACAGGAGACAGCUGGCUUAUUCCACUGUGGGAACACCAGACUACAUCGCUCCAGAGGUUUUCAUGCAGACGGGGUACAACAAGCUUUGUGACUGGUGGUCUCUGGGGGUCAUCAUGUAUGAAAUGCUAAUCGGUUACCCGCCUUUCUGUUCAGAGACGCCACAGGAGACGUACAGAAAGGUCAUGAACUGGAAGGAAACUCUCGUCUUCCCACCGGAAGUCCCCAUCUCAGAGAAGGCCAAAGACCUGAUCCUAAGGUAUUGCACUGAUGCGGAAAACAGAGUCGGAGCGGGGAGUGUAGAUGAAAUCAAGAGUCACCAGUUCUUUGAGUCAGUGGACUGGGAGCACAUCAGGGAGCGGCCAGCAGCCAUUUCCAUUGAAAUCAAGAGUAUUGAUGACACGUCAAACUUUGACGACUUUCCCGAGUCAGACAUCCUCCAGCCAGCCAACUCCACAGAACCUGACUUCAAGUCAAAGGACUGGGUGUUCCUCAACUACACAUACAAGCGCUUUGAAGGUCUCACCCAGCGAGGCACCAUCCCCACCUACAUGAAGGCGGGAAAGGCCUGACGCAGCGGAGGGCGUGGAGGCCGCACCUCGGAGAAAAAACUUUACGGACACAGGGUCGGGCCACGGAGCCCCGCUGGUGCUGAAGGCCACGCCGCUGGCCUGUCAGUCAAACUUAACCCUCAUCCAGAGUUACUUAGGUCUGCAGAGCUGCACAAGAGCUGCAGGAGCUCACUAAGGAGCAUCACCGCAUUACCUCGGUUAUUUGUAUCAUUUGUGCCGUAUUUAGCCAUAGCGCUCAAGCCAGGUCACUAACUGUGACUCCAAAUCAGGACAUCUGCAUGUUCAGUGGCAAAACGUCUUUGUUUAUUUUGGUUUUAGUUUCUAAUUUGACCUCGUUCUAAUGGAGAUGAGGGUUCAAUGCCGACCACCGCCUUGUUGGCCUGACAACAAUAGUGACUACACUGCUGGCUAAAGAACCUCUAAUGCAAACUGAAGCUCAGUUUACUGUAGUCAAACUCUGGAUGAACUAUUGGAAACAACAAAGCAGACGCUCUUUACUGUAAGGAUUGUUCCAGCAUGAUUUACUGGGGUUUUUCUUUAACCAAACAAGAUCAACUGCUCCGGAGGAUUCUUAUUUUUAAAAAGUGUUAAAGAGGAUGAGACGCUUAAUCUUAUCAAUGACAUCCAUGAAAAAUGGCUGACGAAAAUAUUUUACAGGAUUCUCUAAAUUAAUUUGACCCAAAAUCUCAUACAGUAAUGUAAUUUUCAUCUAUUUGCACCAGUUGUUCCUGACAAGACUAGACUAACCGCAGCUGCUCCAAAGAAAGUAAAAAAGAGUAAAAAAUAAGAAAAAAAGAAAGAGUAAAAUAGCAACAGCGAAAGGAUUGAUUUACUUAUUUAUUUCCAUAAUGGUAAUGGUACAAUCUGCAUCAAGGAUUACCAAAAACAAAGUUGUCUCUUGGCUUAGGGUUAUUUGCAAAGACUAAAGUUAGCAUCACAUUAGGCUGCAAUAAAAUAAUUCAGAUAUUGAAAACUGCAAGCAAAUGCAUUAUUUAAAGAACAUUUUUUACUAAGAGUUCCAACAAUUGUUUUUGCAUGAGCGGACUGUCAAAGUAAAUUACAGAUCAGCUUCACCACUUAAGCUAAUGUCCCUCUGGUCACAAGUGGGACAAAAGCGUUAACAAAAUAAUGUAAGACUCAGUUCAGUUCACUGGGUCUCCAGUCCAUCAUGUAAGCUCAAACUUUUUACAAUUUCAGAUUUACAAAAUUAAAUUGAGUAAGCAUAAAGACGUUUGAUACAUACAUGAGGACUCAACAGGUAUUUAAAAAAAAAAAACAUUAGAUUUUUUUCAAACAUGUUACAAAUUUGAGCCAUACAAGGCAGAGAGCUAGAAACCUCCUAAAGAAAUGUAGAAUCCCAGAAUUGUUUUGAGAAAUUUCAUAAAUUUGGGAAACAUUUUGUAGCCAUAGCAGUUUCAGAAUAUACAAAGAAAACAUUGCAGAUUUGAUGCUAGCAUCAGCCACUUGGUGCUUGUAUCAGUCAACAGGUGCUAACAUUGAUUGGUGCUAGCAUCAUUUGAUUAUUGCUAUUGAUUGAUGCAAGCAUUAGGCAAUUGAUGCUAGCAUUAGUUGAUUAGUGUGAUCAUUAAUCAAUUUGUGCUAGCUUUAGCCAAAGGUGCUAGCAUCUUUCAAUUGGUAAUAACAUCUGUCAGUUUGUGCUAGGAUUGAUUGAUGCUAGCAUUAGCCAAUUGAUGCUACCAUCAGUUUAUUUGUCGUACCAUCUGCCAAUAGGUGCGAUCAUUAUGAUUUGUGCUAGCAUUGAUUGUUUCUAGCUUUAGGCAAAAGGUGCUAGCAUCUGUCAAUUGGUGGUAGCAGCAGCCAAUUGGUAAUAACAUCAAUCAGUUAGUGCUAGGAUCGAUUGAUGCAAGCAAGCAUUAACCAAUUGAUGCUAGCAUCAGUUUUUUGUGCUAACAUCUGUCGAUUGGUGCGAUCAUUAGGCAAUUUGUGCUAGCAUUACUUGGUGUUAGCUUUAGCCAAUAGGUGCUAGCAUCUGUCGAUUGUUGCUAGCAUCAGCCAAUUGGUAAUAACAUCUGUCAGUUUGUGCUAGCAUUGACUGGUGCUAACAUUAGCCACCCUGUUUCAUUGCUAAUGUGUAAAUCUGCAUUUCUUACCCCCUCCACUCACUUAAUGCAGUAUUUUUUAGAUAAAUUCUGACUGCUGAAAGUUUGCUGCUGCCUUUCCUGUGCAGUUCCUCCACUGUGUUGUUAUGACUUUUUGUGCGUCAUUUCUGCGCCUUUCAAUGAGAUAAUGAGGCAAAACAAACAAGAAAACUCUCAAGUCAUGCUGGAACCCUCCUCGAAAUGUGGUGAUACAUUUCAAAAAUAAGUAGGAUAAACUCAAACUGUUGUCAAGUGUUAAGUACAAAAAAUGGUGUUUGUUCUCAAACUAACGUGCAUUUCAUAAUUUCUCUUCGGUUGCCGCUGCACUGACUGAUAUUUGCCUGAAUUUUCACUAGUUAAGGACCCAAUGGAUAGAACGUUGCAAAGUGCCUUUUUAUGUAGCUGAGAAAUCUUCAACCAGAUGUUUAGCUUGAAUUUAGCAGGGAUUAUUAAAGACAUAGGCUAGACUAACAUGAGGCUUUGAAAAGGGGGAGGGGCUUAAAGUUCUUAAGUUUAAAAUCUUAAAUAAAACAGCAAGAUCAGGAGUUUGAAACAGGACAGUUGUAAAAACAAGGAAAAAACUAUAAGAAAGAGAGGAAAACAUCCUAAUCAAGCAAAGCGGGGGUUGUUUUUGCAUCUUUAAGCGUGUGCUAGGUUUUUGUCAAACGUGGACGGGAACUUCCGCUCUGUCACAGAUCUAACCUGCUUCGAGGUGUGACUCUGCACAGCGCCAUAAAGAGUUACCAAAGAACUGGAAAUCCUCACCCGUUCUGGAAAAACGGAUGUAGCUGUGGCUUACUGCACUUAUCGUUAAACUACCUAAAAAAGAAAAAAAGAAAAGGGGAGGGGCCGGCUGUGUGUAGAAGGCGGGGAAAACUGCGCCUGCGUGGGAGUGUCCUGCUGUAGCUGUGCUUUCAAAAAACAGGUCCUUCAUCGUCUGCCUGUAAACCUGGAGUUACAAAGUGUCUGAAUGGAGACAUAUCAAGGUUAUAGGUGUGUUUGCUUUUGUAUUAUUUAUGCUGUUUUUUUAAUGUGUUUGAAGUAGCUGUUUUCCACAGGAUUCACUAAAAAGGGGUACUCUUGCUGAUCAGCCUUGCACUACUGUAAAACUCGCGCCAAAACGAUGCAGCUAGGCUUCCUGUCGUCGGCUCCAUGUGCUCCUAUCUUCCAGACGUCACAGCCAGGAAGGAGUCACAGACGCCAGAGUGACAUCACUGUGACAUAGUCAGGGUUUUCCACAGCCACAUGCAGUUAAAAGGGUAGCCCCGCCCCCCUUUAGCAGUCAACACUGCAUCCUGUUGGUCAGCGCACUAGCAUGCGACUAUUGACUGCAUAUGGUAACUGGGCCGAGCGAGUGUGACGUCACACACACACACAGAAAGCGACUUAACUUCCGGCUCCAAUGAAAUCGUGUCGAUUCAGUGGGCUGUGACCGGUCCGAGUCGGUGGUCAACGUUUCCAUGGCAACCACGCUCACCAAUUAGGAGCGUGCUUGUUGGAAAUCCACACGUCUUUCGCUGGACGUGAGGCCACCUUCUUUUAUUAAGGUGUCUGAUUGGUCAGUUGUUUAACUUGAGUAACUUAAAAUGAUGACAAAAAAUGAGGAUUAUCAAGUUGUUUUUUUUUUUAAAGAAGGUAUCAGAUCCAGAAUGGUUCUUCUGAUCAACAAAAAGACUGAGCAACAGCUGUUUGUUUCUCUAUAGAAGUCUAUGGGAUUCUGGCUUCUUGGAGCCAGCGGGUACUUCCUGUUUGGAACGCCAGGAGGGGAGGAGUCAGUCCAGCUCUCUUAUGCAGUCAAUGCAAUGUGACCCAAGUGAAGACAAGGGUGGGUCAGUUGAUGGAACAAUUCCUCUUGGCCAAGAUAUUUAGACAUAACCUAUUUGAAUUUUCAGAUGAAAAACGCUGCUUUUAUUUUGGCAGGAUAAAAGGGGAAGUAAAUAGCUCUGUUAAUACAUACAGAUGACUCAAAUUUAAAACAAAUGCGGACAUGUUUGCCUCUUUAUUCCUGUAGAUGAUGAAUGUGUGAUGGACCAAACCGGCUUGCUGUCGCCCCCUAUAGGCAGAUAGCAGAUGUAAGGCAGGUAGUACAGACAGAGCAGGGACCUGUGCAUAUUUAAAAUAAAAAAAGCUAUUUUAUUAAGGUGGAUUUAGGAAACUUUAAAAAUAAAAAAGCAGUGAUUGGGCGUAGAUAACCUCUAAACUCCCUGAGCGGGUCAGGAAUGCGCUGUUAUGUUGUGAGUUAGCUGUGUAAUUGUGUUAGUCAUUUCCACGUCUGUGAAAGGAAGAAGGAAGAUGCUCAUUCGUGUGCACAUUCACCGUUUUUAUGUUUAAAAAAUGCACAAUAAUAAUAAUUAAAAAAAAGUUAUUUAAGUCAACUGAAGAAUCUGUUUUUAUUUUGUGCUUUUCAAAGCAAAAAACUGAAUUUAGUCCUCUGACGUUUCAGAUCCCAAAUCAUUAUAAAUGUUUGUUACAGUAGUUUGACUGAAAUCCCAUGAAUCCCACACAUGACGAUAUAAAUUAGAGGAAAAUAUUGUAGCGUUUAAUAAGAGGUCAUUUGACUGUUAAAUGUUAUCUUUACCUCCUCUUAAACAUUUCACAUUAUUCUCACUUCUGUCUCUCACUUUCAUUUCCUCUAUAAUAUAUUUGACAAUCACUGUUUUUAGUGCCAAAUACAACUUUGCUGCAGCGGUCGGGUCACCCAUCCAUGUCAUGUCUUCAGGUAACAUCCUACCACAGCUGAGUGAGUUUAGUGUGGAAGUAAAGCAGAUGAACCGCUUUGGAAUAUAUAUAUAUAUAUAUAUAUAUAUAUAUAUAUAUAUAUAUAUAUAUAGUGGUAAAAAGAUCUGGAGGCUCCUUUUAUUUAAUGACUUUUUUUUGUGAAACGCAUCUUUGAACAUGUUGUGUUUCAAAGCCGCCACUAGAGGGCGAGCGAGUGCUCUACUACUUCUAUCAUUCAAUUUAUUCUGAAGCGCUGAUUACGUCCCUCUGGUAUCAUUUCGUUUAUUGAUGUCUGAUUAAAAAAAAACAGUAGAAAAAGGGUGAAAAAAAUAAAUAAAACGUUUUGUUUAUUACUUCUUAAGGUCAUCACCCCCCCCCCCCAAAAAAAAAAAAAAAAAAACUAACCCUGUUGUUGCAUCUGUGAUUUAUGUGUGGAAUUUUUUUUUCCAUUCAACUUACUUCCACCUCUUUAUUUUAUUUUAUUUUUUGUUUUUGGCAGAGUCUACUUAUAGUUUGUAGAGGUUAGCACUAUAAAGAGGUUGUGAUACAAGUGAACCCUUUGUUCAAAAGAUUCUUUUAAACUUUAAAAUAUGUUUCUGCCACCUGAAACCCAAAAAUCAAAGGUCACAAAAAAAUGUAUGUGAAAAUAAUCUGAUUACAUAAGAGUGACGGAGAACACAAACAUUGAAACUUGGGAAAAUGAAAAAUAAAAGUAAAUAAAUGACAAUUCUUAGAUAGUUUUGUAUGAUUCAAAGUCAUACUCUAAACUCAAUUUUCAAUUGGAUCAUACAUUUUGAAAAUGUUGUAUGAGUUGUCAAUUUAUUACUUUGAAUUAUGAGUAAAAAAUGGCAUAAAUCUAAAUAUAAUCAAGACAAAUGACCAGUGAGUAGUCCUGAUUUUGAAAUCAAGAGGAGGUGGGUGUUUGUUUGUUUUUUAACAUUUUGCAAAUAAAGGCUG